AUGGUGGCAUACUACACCUCUAAAAAUACCAACUUUCCAGAAAUCCUGCCCUUGGAUAUGCAACUGUAUCAUAGCCAAGCUCGCAAUAUCUUCAUUGCUGCCAGAAUUCAUAACUUUCAGCAGACGCCGCUCUGGCAUUCAUCCACAAGAGGCUCAGUUGACGCAUUGGUGAUUGCGUAUACCACCGCAUCCCACUGCAACAAUAUAUGGGUUGAUCCCAGUACGGCUCGUCCCUUGAAUUCCUACUGGCGGACCGGUACGGCUCUGGCGAUCCCUCAUAUUCCUACUGGCGGACCGGUACGGCUCUGGCGAUCCCUCAUAUUCCUACUGGCGGACCGGUACGGCUCUGGCGAUCCCUCAUAUUCCUACUGGCGGAUAGGCACCGGUAAGGCGCCCGUCCGCGUUACGUGGGAAUUGAGGGAUAGGGGUCACGUGUCACAGGGCCAGGUCGUCGCCAGCUGGCUCCGGCGUCGGCCCGUGACACAGGAUCCUAUUUACCUUAGCAACAGUCCAUGGCCUCAAAGCUCACCUUCUUGA